AUGAUCAUGGCUACGUGGAAGCCAGCAUGGUUAGAGGCCCUGAACACACAGAAGUUCUUCAUAGCAUGCUCUUUCCAUGAGCAUGCAAAGAAGAAUGAGAAGAACAUCUGUUGCCUUGAUUGCUGCACCAGCAUCUGUCCACACUGUGUGGCAUCACACCGUGCACACAGGCUACUGCAGGUGCGGCGGUAUGUCUACCAUGACGUUGUCCGGCUGGAGGACCUUGAGAAGUUGAUUGAUUGCUCCAGUGUUCAGUCAUACACAAUUAACAGCUCAAAGGUUGUUUUCCUGAAGAAGAGACCACAGAACAGGCAAUUUAAGGGAUCAGGAAAUAUCUGUACCUCUUGUGAUAGAAGCCUCCAAGAACCCUAUUUCCACUGCUCUCUGGAUUGCAAGGUGGAGUAUAUAUUACGGCAGAAGAAAGACCUGUCAGCAUACUUGCGUCCAUGCAAGAUCUUGCAGCUUGGGCCAGAUUUCUUCAUUCCUCAUGAUGCUGAUGAUGAGACAACGCACUCAACACUUGUUGAUGUUGAUGAGCCCAUGGGAUCAUCAGACUCCGAGAAUUUGAGUGCACCAUGCCCAAAUUUUGUCCGAAAGAAGCGGAGUGGACCAUAUAUCUGUGCUCGAUCUGCAAACCGAGUUUCUGAUGAUGACAUGGCAACGAACAUGAGCAGAAGAAAAGGUGUUCCUCAUAGAUCACCUUUGUGCUGAUAAAAGAUCAAGAAUUAAAUAGUUUUCCCUUUUAUUAUUUUCUUUCAGUUCUUUAUCUCUUGGACAAAUCUGGUGCGCUAGUGACAGAAUUUUGUCUCCAUGGAACCUUGUGAUUUCAAUGUACAUCACCAGAGGCAAUUGUACUCAAAUUCUUCAAGUAGAUGCACCAGUUUAUAUAUAUGU